GGUUUCCAUUUUAUUGUAAGAGAAGAUCCAGUGUGCCUCCUCUACCUCUUCUCUGCUGUCUGUGUGUGUGCCUCAAACUUCCAUUUCUCCCAGACAAAAAAAAAAAGAAAAAGAAAAACCCUCACCCUUGUACCCUUCAUUUUCAUGUCUUCAUCAUCAUCUCCAUACAACACCCCAUAAAUAUUAUAUAUUUCAUCACAUAAACAUAUAGUUUUUGAUACUAUUAUAAGAAAGGAAAGAGAGAAAUGGGGAGGGGCAGAGUGGAGCUGAAGAGGAUAGAAAACAAGAUCAACAGGCAGGUCACCUUCUCCAAGAGAAGGAAUGGUUUACUCAAGAAAGCAUAUGAGCUUUCUGUGCUCUGUGAUGCUGAGGUUGCCCUUAUCAUUUUCUCUAGCCGAGGCAAGCUUUACGAGUUUGGUAGUGCCGGAAUCGGCAGAACACUUGAACGAUACCAACGUUGCUGCUUCACUCCUCAAGACAACAGCGUUGAGCGUGAUACACAGAACUGGUAUCAGGAAGUGAAUAAGUUAAAGGCCAAAUAUGAAGCUCUGCAACGCACUCAAAGGCAUUUGCUUGGGGAGGAUCUUGGUCCACUGAGUGUGAAAGAGCUGCAAAAUCUUGAGAAGCAGCUUGAAGGAGCUCUUGCAACGGCCAGACAAAGGAAGACACAGAUUAUGAUUGAGCAAAUGGAAGACCUUCGCAGGAAGGAGCGCCAACUUGGUGAUCUUAACAAGCAACUGAAAAUCAAGUUGGAAGCAGAAGGACAAAGUCUGAAAACAAUCCAAGGUCUAUGGAAUUCAGGUGCAACAGCUGGAAGUAGCAACUUCCUCAUGCAUCCUAAUCACCCCAAUCCUAUGGACUGUGAUCCUGAACCCAUCUUACAAAUUGGGUAUCAUCACUAUGUUCAGGCUGAAAGUUCAUCUGUUCCCAGGACUACCAUGGCUGCUGAGACCAACUUCAUCCAGGGAUGGGUCCUCUGAGCAAUCUAUAUAUACCAAAACAUUAAUCAAUUAAUUAGCAUGACUCUCUCUUUAUAUAUUAUUAUGUAAUUUCGUUUUUUGUAUUUGGGAUUCUAUAAUAGUUGCCAAUACUUAUAUACAUGCUUUUGGCAUUCUGCAGCAUCCUUCCUCUCUCGUUUGGGUGUUGACCUUAUAUAUAUAGCUCAAAUAUAAGGAAAAUUCUGGA